AUGCCAAAUCUUGAGUUUCUUCUCUUGGCUCCUGGCUCCUCAAGAUGUGGUGAAUUCCAGAGCCGUUUGGAAGUUGGAGGGGCUCCAGGGGCAGGGCUGGGGGAGGGACAGGACUCUUCCCAGGCUGGUGCUCCCCCAGGAGCUCCAAUCCAGGGGAUCUCCAUGGGGCUUCGAUCAGCAGGAGGCUUGGUGCUGAGGAGCUUCCUGCCUUGUGGCUCCUGCCUCAGGUCGGAGGUGAGUGGUGGUCCGAAUGGUCGGUCAUCUUGGCUGUGGCACUGUUCAGUCAGCUUGGGGAAGAAAGAUCCUCCUGUUCAGCUUCCCCAUCCACCACCUAAAUUCUCCUUGCUGGACAUUUCCUUAGCUAGCAGUAGAUGGUGA